AAUUUUAUUUAGAUUUUAUUAUUUUACAAUCUACAUUUCAACUAUGGUCACAAAUACACAAUAAACUUUUUGCAGGUGCGCAGUACGCCUGGCACUAGCCUGCAGAGCACAGCCUAAAUUAUCCGAGCUGUAGCCUGUAGAGUGUAAAUAAUUAAUAUAUUAUCUAAUAUCUACAAAACGUACUACGUUCGCUGCGCACUGCGCAGUACGCCAGUGGCCAGUGACCACUUCGCCAGACGCCAGUACACACCACACCGAACAACUGUAGUCAGUACUGAAUUACGUCAGUGUCUGUACGUUGAUUGGUUGAUCGUGGACUACGUUGUGCUGAUUACGAAUUACGAGCAUACGACUUACAAAUUAUAUUAUCGUCAGUUGUCCGAGUUGUCAGUUGUCAGUACCUAUUCAGAAUACAGACUGAUUAGACGAUUAGAGCAUAGACGUAGUACCACCUAAUACUAAUCGUUUUUGAAAAAUUCUUUUGUUUCUUGCGCAUUUUAACGUUUUUUUUUUUUUACGAAGUUUUCAAUAUUCGAGAGAGUUUGGUCUACUGUGCGUGUAUAUAAUAUAUAUUGUUCGUGACUGUUGGCGGUCAAAAACAAUACAAACAUGAAUGAAAAAGGCAUAAUCAGUUUGAGUUUCAACCAAGACCGUACUUGUUUCGCUUGCUGUACUGAAACUGGUGUGAGAAUAUACAACGUUGAACCCUUGUCACCAAAAGAGAGGUUCGAUUUUGGCAGUGUAUCGAAAUGCGAAAUGCUGAAUCGUACCAAUAUCUUUGCUAUAAUUGCUGGUGGAAAAUAUCCAAAAUACAGUCAGAACACUGUACUGAUCUAUGACGCUUACUUACAAAAAUUUGUGAUGGAAAUUAUUUGUGAUUCCAAUGUAAAAUCUGUACGAUUGAGGAGAAACAAAAUUAUAGUUGUAACCAUGGACAAGAUAUCUGUUUUUACAUUUCCUGCAGCCGUUAAGCACAUAAUUAAUUUGGAAACCCGUCCAAACCCGAUGGGACUGUGUGAAAUCACUCCUUUAGAAAGUUCUACAAAACAAAUCAUUGCUUAUCCUGGUAACAAAAUUGGAAGUGUUCAUAUUAUGGAUGUUUCAAAUUUGGAAGCAACAAGUUCUAGCGCUCCGGCAAUACUUAAUGCUCACCAAGGUGAGAUUUCUUGUUUGGCUAUUAAUCCACUCGGUACACUUAUAGCUAGUGCAAGUUCUAAAGGAACCUUAAUAAGAAUCUGGGAUACUUGUCAUAAAGUCAAAGUUGCUGAACUAAGACGUGGGUCGGAUACAGCAACAUUAUACUGCAUAAACUUUAGCCCAAAUUCAGAAUAUUUAUGUUGCUCAAGUGAUAAAGGCACAAUUCAUAUAUUUGCAGUGAUAGAAUCUGAUUUAAAUCGCCGAUCUAGUCUAUCACCAUUCAGUUUUUUCAGUUCCUACUGUCAAUCACAGUGGGCUUUGGCCACUUUUACAGUACCUCCAGAAGUGGGCUGUAUUUGCACUUUUUUGACUCAAGAUACUGUUGCUGCUAUCUGCCUCGAUGGUACCUAUCAUAAGUUUGGAUUUUCUAAAGAUGGUACUAGCAGACGUAGAUCAUUCCAAAUAUAUUUACACAAUUGUGAAGAUGAAGAAAUAUAAAUUUAUUUUUUUACUCAGACUUUAACAUAAUGUUUAUUAA